AUGCAAAGGGCCUUUUCCGCGCCAAAAAUAAAAACCCCGGGAUCCCCAGGAAUCGUAAAAACCCUGGGAUUCGGGACCCCCAAAACCUUGGGCCCCAUCACCAAAAUCGUACAAGUCCCUCACUCCGCCCAUGCCCCUAGGGCACCAGCUCUCCCCCUGCUACUUCCACCCCCGCUCGGCCAUAUCCACCCACUCGACCCAAAAUCACACCCCCGACGGGCUCAUCACACCGGAAUCAAUAUCAUCGGCAACCCCCAGUUGAUCUCAUCUCCGUCCACGCCGCUCUCGCCGGGCUCAAUCUCCACUCCUCGAUCAUCAUCGGCUCGAACACUUCAUCUUUGCUUGGCUCGAACACUGCCGACAUCUCCACCCCUCCCUCCUUGGCUCGAACGCUUCAUCUUUGCUCGGUGCUUCAUCUUUGCUCGGCGCUUCAUCUUCGCUUGGCGCUUCAGGCGCUUCAUCUUCGCUUGGCUCAAACACUGCCGACAUCUCCACCCCUCCCUCGCUCAUCAUCCUUCUUCGCUCAACUCAAACGCUGCCGGAUUUCUCUACUCUUCACUCAGUCAUUCUCUCAUCAUCUUCAUCCGACUCAAACACUGUCGGAUUUCUCUACUCUUCACUCAUUUGAAAUCGCAAUCGGUAUUCUCUCACUCACCAUCCAUGACAAGCACCCCCGGCUUGUCACACCGUCACACACUCACCCUGCCUCAGCUACCCACUCACUCAACCAGGCUCAUUUUUGAGCCAUCCCACACCGACUCUGAUGUCCUAAUCGCUUGCAUGCGCUUCGUCCGCGAAUUCUUUGCCAAAAGUGACGAUCGGACGAGAUCCUUUUAG